GGGGGGUGUUGGGGGCGGAGCUAAUCUCCACAGGUCCGCGCGGAUCCUCUCCUCACUGCUCCUCACCCGCAACAUGGCAGCGCAGAAGAUAACCGAGGCGCACGAGCACAUCGCCAAAGCGGAGAAAUGCUUAAAGACCAGCAUGACUAAAUGGAAGCCCGACUACGAUGGAGCUGCGUCUGAGAUGGCCAAAGCUGCUGUGGCCUUCAAAAAUGCUAAGCAGUUCGAGCAAGCAAAGGACGCGUACCUGAAGGAGGCAGAGUACCACACCGACAAUAAAGCAUUGUUCCAUGCUGCAAAGGCAAUCGAGCAAGCAGGUAUGAUGCUCAAGGAUAUGAAGCGACUCCCGGAGGCCGUCGCCCUGAUUGAGAAAGCCUGUGUGAUGUACGUGGAGAACGGGACAUCAGGAACUGCAGGCAUAGCUUUGGACAGAGCCGGCAAACUAAUCGAACCGGUGGAUCUGGAGAAAGCUGUGGACUUGUAUCAGAAAGCUGCGUCUGUUUUUGAGAACGAGGACCGGCUCAGACAGGCUGCCGAGCUUCUGGGAAAGGCGUCUAGACUUCUGGUGCGACUGCGCAGGCUGGACGAGGCGGCUGUCUCUCUGCAGAAAGAGAAAAACAUGUACAAGGAGAUUGAGAACUACCCCACCUGCUUCAAGAAAACUAUAGCACAAGUCCUGGUCCAUCUCCACCGAGGCGACUUUGUAGCAGCCGAUAAGUGUGUUAAGGAGAGUUACAGUCUUCCUGGGUUCAGCGGCAGUGAGGACUGUGCUGCGAUGGAGACGCUACUGGCCAGUUACGACGAGCAAGACGAGGACGCGGCGUAUCACGUGUGUAACUCGCCUCUGCUCAAGUACAUGGACAACGACUAUGCAAAGCUGGCCAUCUCUCUAAAAGUACCCGGAGGAGGCGGGAAGAAGAAGAAACCUCCCAGCGCUCCACAGGGGGGCAGCUCAGGAGCACCGGCUGCAGAGGACGAGGAUGAAUAUGAAGGAGGACUGUGUUAGGUUAAAUGUGUGCAUGUGUGUAAAAGAGAGAGAGAGAGAGAGAGAGAGACAGAAAAAAAGACAGAGUGUAUAGUAUUUCUAAAGAAAAGGUACAAAAAGAUGUGAGAAACAAAACAUGUAGGUGUAUAUAUUCAGUACUUUGUGACUUUCCCAUUGCACAGAGUGGAGUGUCUGUCUAGACUAUUGUGUCCAAGGAAUACUUCAUCAUUGUUAGUCUUAUCUCUCAAUACUGCGUCUGUUAAACGGUUAUAAUUACAUACUGUAUGUUUAUGUGUUAAUGUCACUCACUCACUCAUCGUCCAUACCACUUUAUCCUGUAUACAGGGUCAUGGGGGGCCUGGAGCCUCUCCCAGGAGACUUAGGGCACGAGGCGGGGUACACCCUGGAGGGUGUGCCAGUCCAUCGCAUUGCACACAAACACACUCGUUUCUCAUUCACACACUAUGGGCAAUUUGGGAACGCCAGUUAGCCUAAUCUCUAUGUGUCUGUGGGAGGGAACCGGAGAAAACUCACAAAGCACCGGUAGAACAUGCACACAGACCCGAGCUGGGACUCGAACCCUCGACCCUGUAGGUGCAAGGCGUCAGUGCUAACAAUUAAGCUAUGGUGCCGCCAUGUGUUACACUAAUGUGAAACACGAACAAGUCUUUGUAAAUUAAGCUCUAUUUUCUUCCCACAGAGACGGGCCUUUGUUUUUGCAGAGGUAAAAAGUUCAUGUUUUAAUAUUUUAAGCACAGAUUAUACAGAUAACACAAAACCUUUAAGAAAGCACAAGCAAAACAGUAAUUGUACCUUUUUUUUGUUCAGAUUUCAUAAGAACAGUUUUGCUAAGACUUUGUUCUGUUCGGCAACAAAGUUGUAACAGGUAUCAAUUAUUAUAUAAUUUUUUUUAUUCAGGUACAGACAUGAAAAAAUGGAGAAAUUUUGCUCCGAUGCAAUAUGAAGUAGUCAGAGAUCAGAAUAAAAAUACUGAAGUAUUCCUUUAAAACAUCCGAAAAAGAACCUAAAAGCUAUUUUUGUUUAUAAAUACAGUACAGUAGAGAUAAUAAAUAUUAGUUUAUUUACCCAAUUUUUUUUAGUACAUACAUUACCAUUUACUAUGUUAAAACGAAGCUAUUGUGCUAUCAUGUGUACAGUAUCCUGUGUCUCAUUUACAGUAUGUAUUGCUGUUUUAUAUAGAGACUGAUUUGUAAGAUUGUGAAUAUCAAUCUCUUGAUGUGGUUUAUGUGGUCAUGUGUAAAUGUUGUGGUGUACAGUGACUUAUUCAUUGUGUUCUCAAUGUCUUGUCAUUGCCUUAGUCUGUUAACUGAAUUCUCCCUUUAACGUGUAGAUAUCGGUGACUGCACACACAGGCUAGACAUAUAUAAGAUUUAGGUAAGCAAGCUUUCAGUAGACUACCAUUAUCAGCGAUGAAUCCUUUAAAUAUUUCUUUCAGUGCUGUUUAAAAUGGUUAUAUAAACUACAGCAGUGAAUCUCAGCUCCGGUUGUGGAGGUCUACUGCCCUGCACAUUUUUCUUUUUAAUUUGCCUAAUAUAAAAGUUGCACACGGUAAUAUUUUUUUAAAACGCUUUGAUUGUGGAGCAAAAUGUGGUGUCUAACUCAUAUGUGAAAAUAAUGCCCCAUACUCCCAGAACCACUUCAUCACAAUUUGGAAUUUCCUGGAAUAUGCCAGGAAAAAUCUCCAUAGAUGUGAUAACCUGGUCAUGGACUUUGACACAUAACUUUGGCGAGUCUGGACCAGAUCAACUGACAUAACCGCGGGUCAUAACACUGUCUCCAGGGGCUUGUACCGUGGACACUAUGCAUGAUGAGUGCAUCGGUUCAUGUGCCUCCCUUCUUACCUUGGUACCCUAAUCAGAUGGGUACCAUAUGACCCUUUUCUUUUGCUCUUUAUGCUCGCUAGCAAAUUAAAGCCCUUUUUUUCCCCUGAUAGUUUUCUUAUGAUCACACAGCUGUUUAGUUUCUCAGUCAUGAUUCAUGUCAUUCAUGAUAUAUAUAUAUAUAUAUAUAUAAUUAUGGUUUUUUUGUUAUUCAUGUUAUGUCUGCUUCAUUAUGAUUAUUCUGAUAAAUUGAUAUGAUGUACGCCUCGCGUUAAAGAGCCUACACCAAGAGCCGGCUCGUCUGUGAAUGACAGGUCGCCAUUUUCAUGAUUUUAGGAAAUCAGGGUUCAAAUUAGAGUGAGGUUGAGUUCUCUUAUCUAGUGCAUUUCUUAUGCAAAACUAAAAGUGAGCGCUUAGAAGUAUGUCAUUUCUGUGAUUUAAGACGCAGACAUUGUUUAAACUUUUAACGCUGAAACCUGAGUUCACCAAGGACAUGAAACUAUAGAAUCAUUUAUAACCAUCCUGAUGUAACGAGGGUUCCCCUUCAUCUAAUACCUUCCUCUGUUGAUGCGAUGGUGUCUGGUGUCUGCACAGCAAUAAACACUUUUGUCGCUCCUUG